AUGAGUGCACACGCCAUUACAGAACCGUGUCUCUCUUUAUUUGUGAAAUACGUCAGCGAAGCCGCUCCAUUGAAAAAACUCCGAUAUGUCUCCAAGAAGUAUAACACCGUAUUGAACGGCCUUACAGAGACGCAUAGAAACAAAUUUCCCUCUCCCGUCCAUUUCAAAAAUUGCACUCACUUCAGCGCACAGCUCCGGUACAUCGUAAAAUACGCUCAUCUCUACAAACCAAACACCACAUUUGACAUUUUUAUAAGUGACGAAAUCGACUUAAAAGCUUUGCCCACAGCGGAGGGUAAGCAAGUCAUUUCGCAAGCAACUUCGUUAGUGUUGGAGUGCUUUGAAGAGUUUGACUUGAAAUAUUUUGUCGAUCUUCCUUUAGAGAAAUUAGUGAUCGAUUCGAGUCUCUUCACGUACUCCAAGACUGCCGUGGACGUGAAAUUAGUCGAUCACUUGUUCCAACCAACUUUAAAGACCGUUGUGUUUGAUAACACGAUGUUGGAUAACAAGUUGAUCAUUAAUAUCAUCGCUUACUUGGCUAAACACAACCCAACGACUCGAGUUAUUAUCAACGUCGUUGUGUUCGACGCGUUACUCAGUCAAAUUGAUAACUUGAAGAAGGUCAAUCCCAAUGUGUGUCUCUUUAUUAAAUUUGAUGUGUUCAUCCCAUACUCCAAAUGUACUUCGAGGGCAAUUGCGGAUGGGAACGUCUACGUCCACCCAUCGAAUUUGUAUAAACCAAUUAAGACCGUUGCGUGCCAGUACGAAGCAGACAUCUUUGCCAAAAUCAUUCAACUGUACGCGUUCAAUAACGUCAUCCUCACCUCAGCAAAAAGGUGCUCUGCAUACCCAAACGCCCGGUUUGAACACUUGCAAAUUGACGGGAGAAUGCCGAAAGCGUUUUAUAAAACGGAGGCGAUUGGCGGGUUGAAGAAGGUGGAGUACUUGGAGAAGACUAAAAAGAGCCCUACUUUGGAGAUGUAUGACUUCUCGAAGUGCACCAAUUUGGUUGAUUUACGUGUCGGCAAUGACGCCUUUUUCAGCGGGAAAAAGAGAGUAGUCACGUUACCUAACACGUUGACCGACUUGUAUUGGAGACAAGACUUUGGGCCUAUUGGGAAAGAGUUAACGAUUGUGGAGAAAAAUGAUGAGAAAGGGACGAUAACACAAACGAAUGGGUUUGCGAGUUUGACUCGAUUGGAAUACGCGCGAUUUGAACCGGUGGAUUGCAAGUUUGAUGAUGUCGAUUUUCCACAAUCACUUCGGUCAUUGAAUCUGAUAGGUGUACCUCACUUUGAAGAUAUGAGUAAGUUUGAUAGAUUAACCAAUAUCACACUUCUGGCGAUUUACGGAUGUAACCAAUUGGUCCACACGAAGUUCCCACCAAAUUUGAUUGAACUCAGCAUCUCGUACGCGUCGAAUAUCGCCGAUCUUGACUUGACAAGUUUGACGCGUCUCACUUCCGUCGAUGUGGCACAAUACCAAGGAACAACUUUUAAGUGCGGCAAAAACGUGAAGAAGCUCAACUUUUCCCAUGACGGACGGAUUGAAGUACUUGAUGUGAGUGAUGCGAACUUGGAUUCUAUUAUAGUCGAUACGUGUGAUAAGCUCAAAUGUGUGAAAGUGCCCGAGUGUGUCAAAGAGCUUCAACUGAAAGAUUUGGCGGCUUACCAAACAUUAGAUUUAUCAUACGUGAAAUCGAUGGAUAUGUUAGUGACCGAUUAUCUCAAUGAGAUGACGAGUUUUGUCCCUCCAAUGACACUCAAAUCGUGCACAAUCAUCGGGUCAAAUAAGCUUUCAUUCAUCAACUUAAAAACGGUGAAUGGGUUUGAGGCGUUUACGUGCUCGUGGUGCGACAAGUUGGUUGAAGUUGCUUUACCGCCUUCGACGAAGACUAUAGACAUUGAAGACGACGUCUCUCUUGCUCGGUUGAAUACAUGUGAGAUGAAUCCGAAGUGCAAGACGAGUGUUGCCAACUGCCCAUUACUCAAAUGA